UUUUCAGUGUUUUGGGGAGGGGGCACAAAGCGUUUCCUUUUUUCCAUUUGCAUCAUGUUUUAUCGGAGCAACAACCAGAGCAGCUUGAACAUUGAGAAUAACUUUAAAAUGACCAUCCAUCUGCUGAAGGAGCCGUCCGGAAACCAGACGCCUGCAGACCAGCGGAAAUAAAAGCAGAAAGUUCAUUUGGGCUUUUAGAAGCCAAAGUUUGACGUAAUUUUCUCCGGGACACCAGGAAAAGACAGGAGGGUCAACAUGGAAGUAUUUCCUGCGGAAAAAUGAAGGAUUUUCUCCUUUACAACUCGAAGGUUAUCUGAGGACGGGAAAAUAAUACAGUAUCAUCGGAGCUCUUAAAGUUUUCCAGAUGUCUUUUCUGAUGCAAGCAGCGGCAGCUUCCUGAAACACACCGGAGAUCCCUACAGUUCUUCUGGAUCUUCAGCAGCAGCAUCACCGCUACUUUCACUUCCAUGGAUUUUAGAGGAAAAAACGACCUUCCUGGCUGAAAGGAGCUGGAUUGUUCAGACCUUCAUGGUGAAGCCGCCUGCUGACUGAGACGUCGGAGCAGAUGGAGACAAAAUAAAGCGGCUGUUAUGAAAAUGUUAUUUGGGUGAAGCCUGCGAAAGCUGACAAGGGAAGACCAAUGAGUGGCACACAGCCAACACUCACUGACAGAGACACUUGGAAACAGAUUUUUAACAGCAUAAUCAACAAACCAAACCCAGUGCAGUGUAAAAGUGAACCACAACAGCUGAAAAUGUAAUGAAUGUUGUGAUUCUGGUCCCCAAUCAAACCGAGUCCACUGGACUAUCAGGACCCAGAGCAUUCUCACAGACAAAAACACAAAGAAUGGGAAAUCCUCUUAAACACGAGUUUGACCCAACAGGUCUGGUCCAGCGCUGUGUGAUUAUCCAAAGAGAUAAAAAUGGCUUUGGUCUGACAGUUAGUGGAGACAACCCUGUAUUUGUGCAGCUGGUGAAGGAAGAUGGAGCUGCAAUGAGAGCUGGUGUCCAAACAGGAGACCGGAUCAUUAAGGUUAACGGGACUUUAGUUACUCGUUCAAACCACAAAGAGGUUGUGAAGUUAAUAAAAUCGGGUUCCUAUGUAGCGCUGACGGUGCUGGGGAGGCCUCCAGGCCUUUCCCAAAUGCCCCUGGAGGAGGCGCAGGAGCAGGAAGAACAUGAAGAAGUCAGCAUGCCUCUUCCUCUUUCAACCCCCAACUCACCUGCACUGUCCGGUGUGGAGCAAAGCAGCUUUUUGAGUGGGAACCAUCAGAACCACAAUAAUUGCACUCUGUCUGAUGGGGAAGGGGCAUCGGGGUCCAGGAUUCGUGAUGAAGACGAGCGAGAUGAUGGGACUCUCCUGAAGGAACAGACCGGUGUAGAAGUGCCUCCAACCAACAGCAAUGCUACACACAGCACGUCCGUUCCAGAGGCGUCUGGAAAAAGAGAGUCGCCACUUCAGAGUCCGGACGUUAGCCGCCAAGAUGACCUGAAUUUCUGCUCAUCCCCCGACACUGAAGACGCUCCUGACACCGACUCCAGUCCUCAUUCUUCUGUGGCAAGCCCUCCAUACACCCUAAACCCCCAGAUAAUCGGAGCGGAGGACGACUACUUUGACUAUCAACAAGAACAGAUUAACGGCGAGUGCAGCUGUUUUCAGAGUAUUGACUUGCUUAAGUCUCGACCGGCUCAUCUGGCUGUCUUCCUCCAUCAUGUGGUGUCCCAGUUCGAGGCUGCUCCUCUGCUUUGUUAUCUCUACGCAGAAAUGCACAAACAAACCAGCUCCAAGGAGAGUCGACGCUUCUUUAUGGAGUUCCACUCCCUCUUCUUAGAUAGAACAGCAAAUCUAAAAGUACCAGUUCCUGAAACAAUAGCAGCAGAAUUAGAGAAGCGACGGCUGGAGCUGAUCCCAGAGGAUCUGUGUAAACAAUACACUCAGGUGUUACAAGACUCUCUUCUGUCAGACCUGCUCAAGAACCUGGAGGACUUCAGACAGAAGCGCAGCAUGGGUCUGACCCUGGCUGAAGACGAGCUGUCCAAACUGGACUUGGAGCGGGGGAAGGACCAGCCGGCGCUGGAGAAGGAAUGCGCCUGUGCAGAACACAUCCUCGCCAAAAUCGAGGAUAUCCUGCCGACGACUCAAGCCUCAGAGGAGGAGAAGUGCCAAGCUAUGCAGUAUGUGAUUCUGACCUACAUGAAGCAUCUUGGGGUGAAAGUGAAGGAGCCUCGCGGCCUUGAACAAAAACGUGCACGCAUCACCUUCCUGCCUAAGAUUAAGAGAGGAAGCAAACCUGAAAAAGAUGGUGAUUGGAAGAAGCCUCGGUUUCCCAACCUCCUUGUUCCUCCUCGACGUUUGAGCAGAGUGGACUCCACUUUGGUGGUUAAGUCUGUGGAGCUCAAUAAGCAGCGCUCUCCAAAGUUCUCUCAGCCGGCCUUUGUUAUCCCUGAACCAGCCGACCAUCCUGCCUCGAACCCUGGACGCAGCCGAGCGAAUCAGCUCAGCCAGGGGUCGGACACCAGCACCCAGUCCACCAUCUCUGUCGCCUCCCUGGGUCCCAGCUCCGCCGACUCGACUGGACAAGAAACAGACUCCAGUGUCUCUCCAUUUUGCAUCCAGUCGAGACUCAGUGACGGCCUGCAGGCAGGAGAACACCAGGACGGCCUCUCUAGUCCAAUCAGCACUCAGUUUGACUUCAGCCCGUCCAGUCUUGACCACCGAGAGGACGACCAGGAUGCCUUCAGGAUGGAAAUUCAGCCCACGGUGGGUUCAGCUGACUUCCAGAGCGAGGACGACCAGGCAGGAGAGGUGGAGAGUGAGGAGGACCCUCUGAACUGGCAGAAACUCGUCCCUCGAGGCGUCUUGGCAAGUCUCACUUCAAAAGAGAUCCAGCGGCAGGAAGUCAUCAACGAGCUGUUCAUCACUGAGCGCGCUCACCUGCGUAAGCUGCGGGUGCUGGACGGCGUCUUCUGCCAGAGACUGAGCAGACACGGCAUUCUUCCGCCUGAUGACAUAAAGCACAUCUUCAUUAACCUGGAGGAAAUCAUUCAGCUGCAUGUUUCAAUAACGGAGCAAAUGGCCGCCGUCAGGAAGAGGAGUGAGACCUCUGUGAUUGGUCAGAUUGGAGAUGAUCUCCUGGCAUGGUUCAGCGAGGAGGAAGAGGAGAAGAUAAAAAAAGCGACAGGAACGUUCUGCAGCAACCAGCCGUAUGCGCUGGAGCUCAUCAAGACCAGGCAGAAAAAACACCAGAGGUUCAACCUAUUCAUGCAGGAAGCUGAGAGCAACCGCUUGUGUCGCAGGCUGCAGCUAAAAGACAUAAUUCCUGUAGAAAUGCAAAGAAUGACAAAGUACCCGCUCCUACUGGACAAUAUUGCACAAUACACUGAGGAUGGUGAAGAGAAGGAAAAGGUGAAGAAAGCUGGAGAAUGCUGCAAGAAGAUCCUGAACCACGUCAACCAGGCUGUGAAAGAGGCUGAAAACAAACAGAGACUAGUGGAUUAUCAGCGAAGACUCGACGUCUCGUCUCUGAAACAAAGUGAAAACCCCAUGAUCCUGGAGCUCAGGAAUCUGGAUUUGACCAAGAGGGAGAUGAUAUAUGAGGGACCGCUCUCCUGGAAAGUCAAUAAAGACAAGACCAUUGAGCUCUACACGCUUCUUUUGGAGGACAUCAUGGUUCUACUUCAGAAACAGGAUGAGCGUUUGGUUCUCAAGUUCCAUGGGAAGAACCUAACCAGCAUUCCGGACGCCAAGCAUAGUUUCAGCCCUGUCAUCAAGCUCAGCACUGUCCUGGUUCGUCCUGUAGCAACUGACAACAAGGCCUUCUUUGUCCUGUCCAUGUCAGAGAAUGGGGUCCAGAUGUACGAGCUAAUGGCGCAAAAGGUGUCCGACAGGAGAACGUGGCAGUGUCUGAUCACGCAGUGCGCUGACGCCAUGAAGGCCAAAACUCACCCCAGCGACAGGCCUCCAGCUCAGGCAGAAGCCGAACGGGUUGCAGUUGAGAUCCUGAACCAAGAGAUGCCCAAACAGAGUGAGACGCUGACUGAAAGCAUACAUUCAGCAGACAAAGACGCUCCAUGUUCUCCUGAUGUUCAAUCUCCCAUCAAUCCCUUUGAUGGCUUGAAAUCAGAAGAUGAGGAAGAGGAGCUGGCGGCUACCGUCAGGCAGGAGGAAGAUGGGGAGGAAGAGGAGGUGGACGAAGCUGAGUUGGAGGCCUUCCUGGAUGGCCAGCUGACCGACAGACUCCUACAGGAAGGAUCCCGCCAGGGCAUCGCUCUUCCAGUUGAGGACAUGGAGUCAAACUUUCCCUCCUCCAAAGCUGAAGAGGCUCUGCGGACACUGGCCAUGCUGAAGGAGACUCUUUACUCCCACAUGAUGAGCAGAGAAGUAGAGAAGGAAACAGAAGAGAACAAACCAUCAUCUGCAGGACCAGAGAACAACGACCUGCAGCUCUCCUCUGGCCUUACCGGGGUGUCUGAGUCAGCACAACCUAAUGGUGGUUUUGCGGGUCUGGACUUUGAAGCCGGUUCUGGGGAGAGCAGCGCCGACGACGACGUCACGAUUGACAUGAGGAAGCUGCUGUCCUCCUCCUCACAGGCAGGGGGCGACGGCCCCGAUCUGAGCAGGCAGUUGAUGACCCACCUGCGUCUCCUGCAGGCUGACCUGCAGUACCUGCAGGAAGUAGAGAUGAAGUACAACGAACUGCAGCAAAUCCACAUCAACAGAUCUACAGACUCAGAUGAUAACGAGGGACUGCAGUGAUCGUAGACCCGAUCUGAGUCAAACGGGGGAUUUUACUUGACUUUAACCCACCGAUAAUGGAAGCUCUACUGGGCAAAGGAUGAUUAUCAUGUUUUACCUGCAGAGACUUUUCCCUAUAAAAACAAUCAACUGAUCGUAAACACUGGAUGUAUGAAAUGGAAAAAGGGAGGUAUGGUGAGGCGUUCAGGACUCCAUGGAUGCUUCAACAGCAUGAAAGUAAAAGUGCUAUCUCGUAAUGAUAUUUCCUCCAAGAUAAAGAGACUCAGAUGUUACUGCCAAGCCACAAAUGUUUUCAACAACUGAGAGGCAGACAAACUAAAAUAUUGUUUUUAGUGGAUUGAGUUAAGCAGAAAUGAGAGUCACUGUGAAAAGCGUUUCAUGUCCAACGCAAACUCUGAUUUCUUGGAUGUUUUAUUUCACUGUUUGGUUUGGUGAAAUGGUUCAAACAAACAACGAGCACCGAUGACAAAACAUGGACAUUUCCAGGUUUUUGUAUGGAAAAUCCCAUUUCCAGAACUAAUUUAACUGAUCCAGCACAUUCCUUAUUUCUUCACUGAUUUUUUUUUCACACCUCCUAGUCUGAUAUAUUUGGAUUGAAUGGGACCAAAAUUGCAACAUUUGUUACAUUUUCAGCUGCUGUGAUUCUCUUCUACACUUCCUUUGAAAAGCUUUUUCCCCUCCUCACCUGUGGUGGCGCUGCACCAAGAACCACCGAAGGAAAUGACGCAAAGACUCUGAAGAAGACACUGAGAACAACUUUCUUCUUCACAAAAUGUAAACAAAAAUGGAGUGGCAUCAGAUUUUAGCAGUUGUAGGAUUUCUCUUUUGUUGUUGGUAAAAGACAACAAAUCAUUUGUUCCACUAGGACUGGACAUGUACGUUUGUGUUGGUUGUGUUUACUGAGAAUGGGCUCUUUGGAUUAUAAAAGUUACAGACCCCUGAUCUAGACAAAAAUAUUUGGUAUGGUAAGAUUUAGUAUUUUUGCAGUGCAUUCAAACUACGGUAGUUAAAAAAUCUUUCUAUGUAAAGAAACCCGGCAAAUAGCAUUUACUCCUCCUGGACAAGCAUGCAGUGACAGUGGAGAAGAAAACUUUGGGCAUUCUAGCUUAUGAAUAUUGUUGGAAAAAGUCUCAGCUACUGUAUAUUCCACAUUUGGAAGCAAUUUAUAUUUACUUGGCUGGUUUUAGGCAUUCAGAUGAAGCAGAAUCCUGAAUCAGUGCAGUCUUAGUAAUAUACUACAAAAUAAAAUAUUACAAAGCACAAAAUAUUACCAGAUAUUUUGGUCUGGUUUCUACUACAAAUAAAUUUUAAUGAGACAAAACUAACUUAAAAGUAGCUUUUCAGGAAGAUACCGGGGCUUGUUUUAAGAUAAUUCCUUAAUAUUGAUUAAAAAAGUACUAGUUCCACUGGCAGACAAAACAUAUAACUUGGAAAAAUGUCUUGCUA